GCCGAAAAUAGCUAAAAAGUAAAAACAGCGGCAUAGCAUUUGUGCUGCUAGAAAGUUGUCAGCUUGUAGACAAGCAAUACACGCAAAGGACGAAGGGCGACAUGUUCAGUAUAGCUUUAAAAUAUCACUUAAGUAAUUAUGUGUUUAUAAUGCUCAUGUUGCAAUAGGAAAGUUUCGUUGUACGGACGAUAUAUAGCAUACAUAUAUGCAUACACAUGCUUAGAGCAGGCUAUGUUUCAAGUACUGUCCUCUACAGUGUAAUAUCUGAUAGACUGCAUGCAUGCAUGCAUGCGAGUCAGAUGAUAGGCUUAAAAAUACGUACUGCAACCGAUGGAGGAAGCCUGCAGAAACGGAAAAGAAACUUGCUUCAGAGCUAGCUGAACUUACUGUGGCGAGCGGAUCAGUGCAAGAACGCGCGGCUUUGAGAUAUUUAAACUCGUACGCCAUCGGAAAUCUACAUUCUGUGGAUUACUCAACUGUGUGAAAGAUACAGAUGGCUUCAUAGAUGAACCUGUAGCAAGCGCAUCUUCAGUCUCACCGACAACUACAAGGCUAGUUGCCAAGAAGACGUUUUUGUGAAUAGCUUAUCCGCGGAUGCAUUCACUGUGAAUUUAUUGCAAUUUCCAUGCGUCUCUCUCCUUCAGACACCUGGACUUUCGUGUGGAUUGUACUGAUACUAAAUGCGAUGGGCUGUAUCCAAAGCAUCAGGUGUAAACCCAGGAGUUUCCGUGAAAGCAUCAUCGUCCUCGAAGUGAACUCCUCCAUCGACUCGAACCCCACCAGCAUUGACGAGUCAUCCAGCGUGGUUCUGCGAUACCGGACACCACACUUCCGGGCCUCGGCUCGGGUACUGGUGCCACCUGUGGCCGGUAAAGAGACGUGGACCGUGGGUUGGAUCCAGGCGUGCAAUCACAUGGAGUUCUACAAUAAGUAUGGAAAUAAAGGAAUGUCAAGCUGGGAACUCCCGGACCUGAGGGACAACAAAAUUGAGGCAAUAAGCGACUCGGACGGCGUCAACUACCCCUGGUACGGCAACACCACGGAGACGUGCACGGUGGAGGGCCCCACCAAGAAGGACACCAAGUUCACUGUCAGCAUGAACGACAACUUCUACCCCAGCGUGACGUGGGGCGUUCCCGUGAGCGACAGCAACCUGCCGCUGCUGACGGGCAUCCGCCGGGACCAGAGCUUCACCACCUGGCUGGUGGCCAUCAACCAGGCGACGGGCGAGACGCUGGUGCUGCAGACCAUCCGCUGGAGGAUGCAGCUGCACAUCCAGAUCGACCCGGACAAGCCGCUGGGCCAGAGGGCCAAGCUGCUGGAGCCCAUUGCCCAGGAGCAGCCGCAGAUCCUGGGCAAGAACGAGCCCAUCCCGCCCAACGCCAUGGUCAAGCCCAACGCCAACGACGCGCAGGUGCUCAUGUGGCGGCCCAAGACCGGCGACCCCAUCGUGGUCAUCCCGCCCAAAUACUGACCGCCCACAAAAAAGGAGGCGGGGGGGGGCAGGGCCGGAGUUUCUUCUGCUUUUUUUUUUUUAAAGAUUCACAAAGAGACAACCAAGGGAUUACCCCCCCCCC